CAUUCAGACAAGUUAAAUGAUUUUUUAUGUGGGGUACUGCGAGAUCCCAAGUCUGAAGAACUAGCAUACGAGUACUACAAGAAAGCAAAAGAAAAGCAAGAAUUUAGGCCUGAAAGACCAAUGAUAAAGCUUCUAAUAAGCAAUGAAAGGGUAUAACAAGCUACAUAUGUAUGGUAGCACACUUUCUGUACACGAAAAGAUGAAAUUAGCAGGCAUUCCUUUGGAUUCUGGUUGUUACUUCCAGACAAUGAAGGCACACCAUAAAUUAGGAGAUGCGGGGAGAGUUGUCGAAAUGUUUAAUGAGUUUGAAAGUAGAAAAAUAGAUUCAAAACCAAUGAUCUUAAGUCAAAUGUACAAGAUAUUAUGCGAGUCAUUGGGGAGAUCAGGCCAAGUUUUUGAAGCUCUUGAAUACUUCAGAGACAUGAAAAAGAAAGGGAUUCUGGAGGACUCUUCAAUUUACUCUUCCUUGAUCUGUUCAUUGGUAAAUAUUCGAGAAGUAAAGUUAGCUGAGGAGCUGUAUAAAGAAGCUCAAGAGAAGAGAAUGUUAAAGGAUCCAGAAACUUUUUUAAAGCUGGUGUUGAUUUAUAUGGAAGAAGGACAGAUGGAGAAGACAGUGGAAAUUGUCAAGGAUAUGAAGGGUACUGCUAAACUGAAGGUGUCUGAUUGCAUUUUCUGUGCAGUUGUUAAUGGCUUUUCUAAAAGAAAAGGGUUCGAUGCAGCUGUUAAGGUUUAUGAGGAGUUGAAGUGUGAUGGCUGUGAACCAGGACAGGUGACAUAUGCUUCUGUGAUAAAUGCCUAUUGCCGAGUUGGGCUUUAUUCUAAAGCUGAAGUUGUGUUUUUUGAGAUGGAAGCAAAGGGGUUCGACAAAUGUGUCGUGGCAUACUCCAGCAUAAUCUCAAUGUAUGGGAAAACAGGUAGGCCAAGAGAUGCUAUGAGGCUUGUAGCAAAGAUGAAACUAAAAGGUUGUCAGCCUAAUACAUGGAUAUACAAUUCUUUGGUGGACAUGCAUGGUAGAGCCAAGGAUUUAAGGCGGGUGGAGAAGCUCUGGAAGGAGAUGAAGAGAAGAAAAGUGGCUCCAGAUAAAGUGACUUACACUAGUAUUAUAAGUGCUUAUAGCAAGUCCAAAGAGUAUGAGAUGUGUGUGAGGUUUUUCCACGAGUAUAGAAUUAAUGGGGGUGUGAUUGACGGGGCUAUUGCAGGAAUUAUGGUUGGAGUUUUCUCUAAAAUUAGUCGGAUUGAUGAGUUGCUGAAGCUUUUGAGGGACAUGAAAUCUGAAGGAGCACCGAUCGACGAGAGGCUUUAUAUAUCUGCUACCAAUGCAAUGGUUGCAAAAGAGCUUAGAGGCAAAGUAUCAUAGAUUGAUUACACUUGUAUUUUUUUCUAGUGAACAAGUACAAUAAAGCAAGUGUUUUCUUUUUAACAUGAAAAAAAAGUAAUUUCAUCAUGUGAAUAAAUUACAAACAGAUUGAUAUUCUUGUAUCCAGAUCAAAAAAAUAAGUGAAAAUUAUAACAUACGAUUUUAGAAGUUACUCGAGAA